AUGCGUAAUUUCGUAGAUUUUUUCCGCAAGAAUCGUAACUCUGUUUUCUUCAGAUUGGUGUAUGAUUGUUUCUAUGAAAAAUGUCGUUCUCUUAGCUCGAUUGAGGUGGUAGUUUCUCCUCCUCAAAAUGUUUCCGUGUUUAACAAGGCUAUCCUUCGCAAAAGAAUCCCGCGGGCGGAUGUUGGAGAGAGGGAAGCCAUACAGUCCUGGAUUACCUUCAAAGCUACUGCUCUGAAAAGUGGAAACGUUGAAGUUGAAAAGAAAAGUCAGCCCGGCAAUCGAGUCCGGAAUCCGGCCGCUCAGGAAAUUCUCCGAAAGGUCCAGAACCUGGACGUUCUUGAGUUGACCAACCGACUCAGGUAUAGGACCGGCCAGAAAGUUGUGUGCCAGAUCCAGCUUAUACAAGUUCUGCAUGCUGCUCAAUUCUCCAGGAAUACCACCGGUGAGAUUGUUGUACGAGAGAGUCAGGACGAUGAGGCUGGUCAGUUCCAUCUUGAACAGCGGCAGGCGGAGUCCCUGGAGCGCAAACAUCCCGUCUCUUCCUCGGCACUUGGAGAACUGGACCUCGAGAAGUUUACAGUUCCCCAGGGAGGUUGCUACCGGGGCCAAACCGAGAACCAUUUCCCCGGUGUAAUCGCGACCGACGCGAGAAGGAACCGUGCCCGUGAGCUGGUUCGCACUCAGGUCCAACAUGAUCAGAUUUUUGCACUUCGACAGCUCCAGAGGUACGUCACCUUCCAGAGAGUUGUUUCCGAGCUGGAGAACUACGAUGGUUUGCAGCUCUCCCAGGGAUGGCGGGAUUUUCCCAGUCAGUCUGUUUGAAGACAACGAAAGCCACCACAAGUUCUGAAGGCGAGAGAUGUCCGGAGGGAUAGCUCCAUGCAGAUUGUUGUAACUCAAAAGUGCGAUGGUCAGAUUGGUGCAAUUCCCGAGAGCUGGCGGAACGA